CAAUAUUUCCUGAAAAAAGACAUCUCUACAUAGAAAAAAAUUAAUAAUUAAACAUAUAAUAAUUAUAUGAAAUCCGUAAAUCUCGAGUUUACACCUAAAAUUUGCUUUCGACAAAUCUCUUCGACAUGAGUGUUUCAGGUAGUACUAAAAAUAUCUAAAUAUAAAAUCAAGAUUAUCUUUUGAAAUUUGUGAUAUCACAAAAAAAUAUCAUUCACUAUUUAUUAAAUAAAUUAUACAAAUUUAAGUAUCAUAAUGACAAAUAAUUCAAGAUAUCUAGGAUAUCACAAUAAUAUAAAUAGAGAAUAUUUAACAGAUGGAGAUGAUAAUCAUCGUGCACCAUCAGAUCGUACAGUAUCUGAAUAUAUUGUGUCUACUGACCAUGCUACAAUGAUGAAAUCAAUGAAAAAAGACCAUUCAGACAAAUAUGAAAAAGAAGAAGGAAGACAAUCACGAAAUAUACACAAUAGUCGUGGUUCAGUAUUAUCUGGAUCUUCAAGACAUAGUCUUCAUCCUCUUAGUAAAAGUAUUUCACAUGGUAGCAUAUGUGACAAUGGUUCAGAUAUAUAUGUUACAAGUGCUGCAUAUAGGGCAACUUCAGAUAUAAGCCAUGUAUCGCAUCACAGUCUAACACCAAGUUCAAGAUUAGGACAUCGAGCACCCAGUCAUUGUAGUUAUGGUUCUGCAAAAUCAGUAAAAUCUCACACAUCUAGAAAAGAUGGUAUUAUUAUAGAAACCAUGUCGACACCUAAUCCUUUUUGCCCAAAUACCAAAGGAGUUUGCUGUCUUAUGUUACUUCUUAAUCUUGGUUUAAUUCUUGUUGCAUUAGGCUUUGUUAUAGUGAUUCAAUUUUUUCAACCAUUAAUAGUUUGGAUUUUGGGAAUAGUUUUCCUUGUUUUCGGAUUCUUAACAUUGAUAGGAAGCCUCAUAUACUGCGUACAUGUAUUUCGAAAUGCUAAACAUCCACAUGAUAUUAAUCCAGAGGAUCUUUAUUGGACACGAUAUUGGCAAGGACAUGUAGGUUCAGCACCUGAAGUAUAUUACAAGGCAGAGGAUAAAUAUCAUGAUGAUGGAUACAGUGAUCGUUUGAGCAAGUAUUCACAUAAAUAUUAUGAUCGGCAAAGAUAUUAAAGAAAAAAAAUUCAUCUACUUCAUGUAAAUGUGAAUAUAUCCAAUGUGUUUAUAGUAAUCUAUACAUAACUUACAUAUGAAUUGAUUUCAAGACAUAAGAAAUGUAUAUUACAUAUAUACAUUAAUUGUAUUAACAUAUUUAAAAUUUAGUUUAUGAAACUAUAUUUUGUAUAAAAUAGUAAGUAUUAUUUAUUUUAUACAUAUAUAUUAUAUAUUUUAUUUUGUAAUGAGUAUAUUUUAUUUUUAUAACUUAUCUUCAUAUGCAUAAUCGAGCAAUAUUUCUAUCUUGCAUGCAAUAUUAAAAAUAAAGGACAUAUUAAGUAGCUGUA